CGCGAUUUUUGUCGCUCCGCCCUCACCUCGCUAAAUAGAUCCUAGGUCUAAGUUUGUUUUCGAGAGAGUUGUGGACUCUAUUUUACUUCCUGCGCAGUGUCGCUACCAAGUCAACUUUAUCCUUUUUGUCAGGCUGGGAGAAAUUUGGUCUUGAGAGGUCUGUUUAUUUUCUUCAUAAGAAGAAAGCGGUGACAUCCCGAUGGCCUUGUGGGGAAGGAGGCGGAGCUUCUGCUUGUCUUUCAACUUCAAAGGAAAGCAAGCUCUAAAAAGCGGGCCUCAUAGAGGUAGCCAAUAGCUACUCUUUUUCUGGACUCCCGGGGCGUUCUCACGGGGGAUGGGGCGGUAGUUAUAUGAUUGCCAAUCAGAGAAGGGCAGGGCCAGCCCAUGGCGUCCGGCAACCAAUCGUCAAAGCCGGCCAGAGCGCGCUCCCUUAGUAGGUGGUUGGUGGUCGGAGCGCCGACUGCCUUCUCCUCGUCGCCAUUUUGUGUCGGAGACUGUGGCCGUCUGGGAGGAGGCGGCACUGAGUUUCCUUGGGAGGGCAGCGCGUCGGGCGCGUCUCCCCUCCCCCCUUCCUCUCUUUUGCCCCCAGCCUUGGACUUGGUUGUUGGCUCUGGUCGGCUCCCGUUGAACUAGCAGUUCUGGAGGAAGUGGCGGCUGGCGGAGGUGAUGCCUGGGAGCCCUGCCUUGACAGCCCGGACCGAGAAGGUGAGCACCUUUGCGGGUGGUGGGGGCCAAGAGUCUCUGCAUGAGGCAUCACCCAGGCAGGCAGAUCAUGGUGGCAGCGGGGGUGGCUGGGAAGUGAAACGGAGCCAGCGACUGAGGAGGGGCUCCAGCAGCUCCCAAAGAUCCUAUCAGGACAUGGAGUAUGAAAGACGAGGUGGUCGUGGUGACAGGACUGGCCGCUAUGGAGCCACUGACCGUUCCCAGGAUGAUGGUGGAGAGAACCGUAGCCGGGACCAUGAUUAUAGAGACAUGGACUACCGCUCAUACCCCCGAGAGUAUGGCAGUCAGGAAGGCAAGCAUGAGUAUGACGACUCAUCUGAAGAGCAAAGUGCAGAGGAUUCCUACGAGGCCUCCCCGGGCUCCGAGACUCAGCGUAGGCGGCGGCGGAGGCACAGGCACGGUCCCACUGGCCCGCCAGGCUUCCCCAGAGACGGCGACUAUCGGGACCAGGACUAUCGGACCGAGCAAGGGGAGGAGGAGGAGGAGGAGGAGGAGGAUGAGGAGGAUGAGGAGGAGGAGAAGGCCAGUAACAUCGUCAUGCUGAGGAUGCUGCCACAGGCAGCCACUGAGGAUGACAUUCGAGGCCAGCUGCAGUCCCAUGGUGUCCAAGCACGGGAGGUCCGGCUGAUGCGGAACAAAUCCUCAGGUCAGAGCCGGGGCUUCGCCUUCGUCGAGUUUAGUCACUUGCAGGACGCUACACGAUGGAUGGAAGCCAAUCAGCAUUCCCUCAACAUCCUGGGCCAGAAGGUAUCCAUGCACUACAGUGACCCCAAGCCCAAGAUCAAUGAGGACUGGCUGUGUAAUAAGUGUGGUGUCCAGAACUUCAAACGCCGCGAGAAGUGCUUCAAAUGUGGUGUACCCAAAUCAGAGGCAGAGCAGAAGCUGCCCCUUGGCACACGAUUGGAUCAGCAGGCACUGUCGCUGAGCGGGCGGGAGCUAAGCCAGGGCCUACUCCCACUGCCGCAACCCUACCAGGCCCAGGGAGUACUGACCUCCCAAGCCCUGUCACAGGGCUCAGAGCCAAGCUCCGAGAACGCCAAUGACACCAUUAUUUUGCGCAACCUGAACCCACACAGCACCAUGGACUCCAUCCUGGGGGCCCUAGCACCCUAUGCGGUGCUGUCCUCCUCCAAUGUGCGUGUUAUAAAGGACAAGCAGACCCAGCUGAAUCGAGGCUUCGCUUUCAUCCAGCUCUCCACCAUCGUGGAGGCAGCCCAGCUGCUGCAGAUCCUGCAGGCCCUGCACCCUCCGCUCACCAUCGAUGGCAAGACCAUCAACGUGGAGUUUGCCAAAGGUUCUAAGAGGGAUAUGGCCUCCAAUGAAGGCAGUCGAAUCAAUGCUGCCUCUGUGGCCAGCACUGCCAUUGCUGCUGCCCAAUGGGCGAUCUCACAGGCCUCCCAGGGUGGAGAGAGUGCCUGGGCUGCCCCUGAGGAGACACCAGUUGACUACAGCUACUAUCAACAGGAUGAAGGCUAUGGAAGCAGCCAGGGCACAGAUACCCUAUAUGCCCAUGGCUAUCUUAAGAACACCAAGGGUCCUGGAAUGACUGGAACCAAAGGAGACCCGGCUGGAGCUGGUCCUGAGGCCACCCUUGAGGCUGGGGCAGACUCUGUGUCACUGCAGUCUUUCUCCCGAGCCCAGCCUGGUGCUGCCCCCGGGCUUUAUCAGCAAUCAGCUGAGGGAAGCAGUAGCCAGGGCACAGCUUCCAAUAGCCAAUCAUACACCAUCAUGUCACCUGCUGUGCUCAAGUCUGAGCUCCAGAGUCCUACUCAUCCCAGCUCUGCCUUACCACCAGCCACCAGUCCCACUGCCCCAGAGUCCUACAGCCAGUACCCUGUUCCUGAUGUCUCUACUUACCAAUAUGAUGAGACAUCUGGCUACUACUAUGACCCCCAGACUGGUCUAUACUAUGACCCCAACUCCCAGUAUUACUACAAUGCUCAGAGCCAACAGUACCUAUACUGGGAUGGGGAGCGGCGGACCUACAUACCUGCCUUGGAGCAGUCUGCUGAUGGACAUAAGGAGACAGGGGUAUCAUCAAAGGAGGGGAAAGAGAAGAAAGAGAAGCAUAAGACAAAGACAGCCCAACAGAUUGCCAAGGACAUGGAGCGGUGGGCCCGCAGUCUCAAUAAGCAAAAAGAAAACUUCAAAAAUAGCUUCCAGCCUAUUAGUGCCCUACGAGAUGAUGAAAGGCGGGAAUCGGCCACUGCAGAUGCAGGCUAUGCCAUCCUUGAGAAGAAGGGAGCACUAGCUGAAAGACAGCACACCAGCAUGGAUCUCCCAAAGUUGGCCAGUGAUGACCGCCCAAGUCCACCUCGAGGGCUGGUGGCAGCCUACAGCGGGGAGAGUGACAGUGAGGAGGAGCAAGAGCGAGGAGGUCCUGAGCGGGAAGAAAAGCUCACAGACUGGCAGAAGCUAGCCUGUCUGCUCUGCCGCCGCCAGUUUCCCAGCAAGGAGGCACUCAUCCGGCACCAGCAGCUCUCCGGGCUCCACAAGCAAAACCUUGAGAUUCAUCGGCGAGCCCACUUGUCAGAAAAUGAAUUGGAAGCACUAGAAAAGAAUGACAUGGAGCAAAUGAAGUACCGAGACCGUGCAGCUGAACGCAGGGAGAAGUAUGGUAUCCCUGAGCCACCCGAGCCCAAAAGGAGGAAGUAUGGUGGCAUAUCUACAGCUUCUGUUGACUUUGAGCAGCCCACUCGGGAUGGAUUAGGCAGUGACAACAUUGGCAGUCGCAUGCUCCAGGCCAUGGGCUGGAAAGAAGGCAGUGGUCUGGGUCGCAAGAAACAGGGCAUUGUGACUCCCAUUGAGGCCCAAACACGGGUUCGAGGGUCUGGCCUGGGUGCCCGGGGCAGUUCCUAUGGGGUCACUUCAACAGAAUCCUACAAAGAGACACUGCACAAGACAAUGGUGACCCGCUUCAAUGAGGCCCAGUGAACAGCUUUGAAAGCAGUUUCUACAACGUGGGACAGAGAAGAUGAGGUGUGGAGUGGUCUGAGAGGCUCUUCUAUCUACCAACCUGCUCCCUAACCAGAGAAGCUCUCACCAAAUUAGACUUGGAGUUGGUGACUUUUGCUGGGAAAUUGGGCUCAAAUCAUGUUCCUUUUGUAAUAAAAUCUAAAA